AUGAGGGAUAUGAAUCAGUCGGUAGCCUCCGGCUUCUUUCUGGUGAACCUUUUCAGUGGCUCAGGGCCACACAAUGUCCUCUUCUCCCUGGUGGCCGCCAUGUUUACCUUGGGUCUUCUGGGAAACACCAUUCUGCUGUUCUUGAUUCGCCUGGACGCCCGACUCCACACACCCAUGUACUUCCUGCUCAGCCAGCUCUCCCUCUUUGAUGUGGGUUUCCCCCUGGUCACUGUCCCCAAGAUGGCCUCAGACUUCCUGCGGGGGGAAGGUUCCAUCUCCUUUGGAGGUUGUGCAGCUCAAAUAUUCUUCCUGACACUGAUGGGUGUGGCCGAGGGCGUCCUGCUGGCCCUCAUGUCAUACGACAGGUACGUCGCUGUGUGCCACCCCCUGCAGUACCCUGUGCUCAUGAGACGCCAGGUGUGCCUGCUCAUGGUGGGCUCCUCCUGGCUGGCAGGGGUACUCAACGCUUGCACCCAGACCUCCAUCACCCUGCACUUCCCCUACUGUGCCUCCCGCACCGUGGACCACUUCUUCUGCGAGGUGCCAGCCCUGCUGAAGCUCUCCUGUGCGGACACCUCGGCCUAUGAGCGGGCGCUGUCCACCUCGGGAGUGCUGAUCCUGGUGCUGCCGCUUGCCCUCAUUGCCGCCUCCUAUGGCCACGUGUUGCGGGCUGUUCUGCUCAUGCGCUCGGAGGAGGCCCGAGGCAAGGCCUUGGCCACCUGCUCCUCGCACCUCACGGUCGUGGGCCUCUUCUAUGGAGCUGCGGUGUUCAUGUACAUGGUGCCUGGUGCCUACCACAGCCCCCAGCAGGACAACGUGGUCUCCCUCUUCUACAGUCUGGUCACCCCGACUCUCAACCCCCUUAUCUACAGUCUGAGGAACCGGGAGGUGCAGAGGGCUUUGGUCAAAGUGCUCAGCAGAGCUGGUCUCAAGGCAAAGUGGUGA